CGCAUCUCCAGUCUUUCAGAAGCAAGCCGGGGUUCGGCGAAUCUCUCAAGACGUCACUGGCCCCGCGCGUUACCCCCCGCUAAGCUUUAAUACCUACUGUAGCUCAGCUCAACAACGCAUCUCAAACACACCUGAACUCACCUUCAAUUGAGCAUACUUGAUACCCUCACAUAUUCUUUCUAGCCAGUUUGUAUAAACAACCGCCAAAAUGGGUCGCCAAUUCUUCGUCGGUGGAAACUUCAAGAUGAACGGUACGAUCAAGUCGAUCACCGAAAUCGUCGACAACCUGAACAAGGCCAAGCUCGAUGAGAACACUGAAGUUGUCAUUGCACCACCAUCUCUCUACCUCCUUCUGACCCGCGAACACCUCCGUAAAGGAAUCGAGGUUGCAGCGCAAAACAUCUUUGACAAGCCCAACGGCGCCUUCACCGGCGAGAUCUCAGUCGAACAGCUCAAGGACAGCGGUAUCACAUGGACCAUCCUGGGUCACUCUGAGCGCCGCCAGAUCCUACAGGAGAAUGACGACUUUGUCGCCAGCAAGACAAAGGCAGCAGUCGACGGUGGUCUAGGUGUGAUUCUGUGCUGUGGUGAGAGUCUGGAACAGCGUGAGGCGGGUGAAACCGUCAACGUUGUUACCAAGCAGCUCAAGGCCGUUGCCGACAAGAUCAAGGACUGGAGCAAGAUCGUCGUUGCCUACGAGCCUAUCUGGGCUAUUGGUACCGGCAAGGUUGCUACCACUGAGCAAGCCCAAGAAGUCCACGCCGCUCUCCGUGAGUGGCUCAAGAAGGAAGUCUCAGCAGAGGCUUCUGAGAAGACCCGUAUCCUGUACGGCGGAAGUGUCUCGGAGAAGAACUGCAAGGAGCUUGCCAAGCAGCCCGACAUUGACGGUUUCCUUGUUGGCGGUGCCAGCUUGAAGCCUGCGUUCGUCGACAUUAUCAACAGCCACCAGGCAUGAAUCCCCCGGAGUGAUGCUCGUCUAUAGCUGACGGAAGCUCGUACUGGAAGGAAAAUGAUGAAGUUAUGAGAGAUAGCUCUCUGCCAGAAAUCAAAUAGGUUGGAGCAUAAUAAACGCUUUUGAAUAUCAAUGAUAAAGAUCGAUAUAACCCGUGAA